UUCUCAGUAAACUUCACUGAGCUUCACAUUCUUUUGGUUGAUCAAGAAUUUUGUGAGGUUAUGUUGGGUUAUGUUUUGAAAUUUUGAACAUACCACACGUGUAUAAAAGAUGGCAAAGUUAGGUAUUUAUUACAGUUUGUGUCCAAUUGUGGAUCAUAAGAGCUUACUAGGAGUUAACGAAGACUCCGAGUCGGAGAACGUAAUUGUGACCCUUGGUAAAAAUAUUGCUGUCAGAUAUAAGCUAUCCGAUCAGAAACAAAUAAAAAGUUGGCGAACUAAAGAUAAAUUUAGUUCACCUGUACUAUUUAACAAAGAGGAUCAAUUAUAUUGUGCAGUCUUCAAUCAAACCAUUUUGAGAACUUGGAAUUGCAAUGAUGAAAAUUUAGAUAAAUUGAAGAAGAUUAAAUUUAAUCUGCAAAUUCACACAAUUUUGGAAUGCAAUGGUAUUCAGUUUAUAGUAUUUACCAAUGGAAAUAUUAAACUUUUAAAGGAAGCUGUUGACAGCUGCAAGGAAUUGAAGCCUGCUAAUGUUAUAAAUGUUGGUGACAAUAUACAAGACAUAUUAACUUUGUCAGUGUCCAAGAAAAUAUACAUUGGAUUGUUAAUUAAAAAUAGCAAGGGUACUUAUUUCAAAUGGACAAUCUUUCAAGGAUCAAAGCAAGAAGAUUUUCAAACUAUAAAAUUAGAAAGAGAUAACUUGGCUUUGAGAGGCUAUGUUAUGAACACUAAUGCAAAUGCUGAAAUAAAUCUUACUACAUUAUGGUCUGAUGGUAAAAUGUGGUCCCACCACCUGAAGGAAGAUAGUGCAAAUAAUGAACCAACAUUCUUUACACUAUUAGAUUGUUUGUCAUGCAAAGAGGACGUUACUAUAAUUUCAUUAAAUGAAGAUUAUAUUGCAAUGUAUGGUGCAAAUUCUCAAGAAGAUGGAGCAAGUUUAAUUAUAUUCAAUAUACAAUUCCAAAUACUGCAAUCCAAGCAAACCUUCAAGAUGUUCACCAGUGGCUCUAAGUUAUGGUGCAUUGAAAAUCACUUGUUCCUCAGUGUGGGCCAGAGCCUGGCUGUUAUCCCGUAUCAUCUUCAGAAUGAGCAAAUCGCAGCCCUAAUCGGCAGUCACAAAGUAACUGUGCAAGAUUCCGACAUAAAGAUAAUUCAAGAUGUUGCGGUGGUUUCUUGGGAGGAGGACGAGGUAAACGCAAACAAUACUACCCGUGUGUUGAAAGGCUUCAGCGAUGAAGUCCAAGAUUACAUCUCCCAAGGUAUUCCUGAAUCUUCCAUCUGCGAAAUAAUCCUUCCCAAGUACAUGGCUGACAACAACAUCUCCGCCAUAGAGAAGUGCUUGGAGUGUUUCUGCGAUAUACCAGAAUUGUACAUAACGAAGAUGCUAAAUUACAUUUUAAAAUUGGAUCCUAGUUGUUUCAAGGAGACGUCCGAAGGCGACAACAAACUGCCGCCGAAUUUAGCACCGAUCGAGAGAUGUCAUUUAAUUGAUAAAUUGUUGAUGUUCAAGACAAGUGAUAGCAUGUUGCUGCCUGUGCUGCGGACGCAAUUGGAGUAUUCCAAUGCUGUUCUACUCUUAAGGUACAUCUGCUAUUUGCUUUCUGAGGAUGGACAUUCGCUGCACAAGGAUAACGCCGAUGCCGAGAACAAAUUGAUCGAUUGGGCGUCCACUGUUUUGGAUGCGAAUUACCUGAAGAUCCUGCUGUCCAAAGACGAGAAUGUGAUUGAACUGUUGACGUACCUGAACAGCCUCGUCAGUGCGCAUCUGUGCAGUGUCGAUGAACUUCAGAAGCUGGUGCCGGUCUUGAACAAAGCGACGACAUCCGGUCUCAAUAAUAUAGAUAGCCUGUAUAAGAACUAUUCCAUAGAGCAAUUUAAUAUUUACAUGUAAUAACAUUUUUAAUUAUAUUAUUAUUAUUGUACCAACUUUUCUGUAGAUUA